AUGGCCUGCUCAGCCGGAGUCACAGCCCCCCAGGCCACCCCCUCAGAUCCCUGCCAGAUCCGGGAGGAGGCAGAGGCGCCCCUGGAAGCCCACUCCCUCCUGCUACCCUGGCUCAGAACCCCCCAGCGUGGCUGCCCCCAAUUGUACACCUGCCUCAGGCCAGCCGCCCUCCGCCCCUCAACCUUCGCCCAAACCGUCAGAAAUGCUUUCCAUCUCAUCUCCAGAAACGUCCUCAUCCUGUCUCCAGAAGUGCCAGGCGGCAAGGAGGGGCCGCGGCGGCCGGAGGAAGAGCCCGGAGGCGUCGGGGGCGCCGAGUCCCCGGGGAGGCAGCGCUCUCGGGAAGUUUCCCACCGGUUGCCUGGAGCAGGACAGGGUGCGCAGACGGCCCUCCCCGGGCUGACCGGCUACAGCGCGCAAACUGCGAACUUGAGCAAAACUCCUUCGUCUCUGGCGUCCCUCACCUUCCCAUCCGCGGCCGCCAGCCCCGCCAUCUCAGCCCCCUGUCGUCCACCAGUGCCACAGUCGCCAAGACCUCUCACCAACGUAUUGUGGAAGAAAGGGGAGGGGAAAGUCCCCAACACAACCGAACUGCGGCCACACACACACACAAAAAAAAGAAAAGAAAAAGAAACAAACAAAAAAGGAAAGAAAGAAAUUCCUUCUCCUGAGACCGAUUCCCUCAACCAGCGUGGAAAACCCCCAAACAGGCAAAUCUGCAACUCCAGCCAAGAUCGCGGCGCGGCGGGAGGGGUGCCCGCGGCCGGCGGCCACCAGCGCCGGCAGCCCCGGGCUUGGGGCAGGUCUGAGCGCGGCGGCGUCCCGGGGGCUCCGGGAGCCCUCGCGCCCCCGAACGGCCCCCCGAAGACACAAAGCUCUGCCGCCAACAAUACCUGCGGGUUCCUCCUGGAUCUCCCGGGCGCCGGCGCUGCGCGUCUCGCCGUCUCCCCUUCCCCGCGCCGUCUCUCUCCUCCUCCUCCUCCUCCUCUCGCGCGCGCUCUCCCCCUCGCCUCUUCCAGAACGCGGCGGCCAGAUGAGAUCCUUGGGAGAAAAAAAUGUGAGCGCUCGCACGAUUCCUUUCUCUCCGCCCGCCGCUCGCGGCGGCACCGGGCUCGCUCCUUCUCCCUCGCGCUCCCGCGCGCGCCGCGCCUCUCGCGCCCCGCGUUUCCUUCUCAGCAGCCCCUGCGAGCGCCCUCAGUAGCCAUUAUUCACGGGCCACCGGAGGACAGGAGCCCCCUUGGAGAAGAAUGGGGGAAGGGGAUGGAGAACAUCAGGGCAAGAUACAUCACAUGACUCAUCCGAGGUCACUCAGUGAGUACUCUUCACCCAUUCUGGAAUCUGGGCACACGUCCUAAGGGUUUGGAGGAAUAACACGGUGGGGGGAUGGCUUGUCCCAAAGGAGAGCAGAGCCCUUCAUCUGUCCCAGGGGUCUCUCUGUCAUUCUGGGGGAAGUGUAGAAGAGGGGUCCAGAUUCACAUCUGCCGGGGGGGGGGGGUUGGAAACCCCCAAUCUGACCAGAGCCCUUCUACAAGUGUUGUCACAGAGGGUCACCAAGACAACCCCUCAAGUGGGGACCUACUCAUCUCUGAGAGGAGACACCCAGGCUGAGAGCCAUCUCAGGAUGCAUCAAGAACACACAGGAAGACAAUCUGAUCCCUACUGGACUAUUAGUUUCUAGAGAAACCUUGCUCACCUCUGCCUGGCACAGAGCAGGUGCUCAGUAUGCAUUUAGCAAAUGAAUGAAUGAAGGAGAGACAGUGUCAAGGUUCAAACUUAGGUCUACAUGGCCCCCGAACCCUCGCCUGUUCCAUCAGACCCCACUGG